GCUCUCCAAUGCCAGUGCCGCCUCUCGCUCACCGAGCUCCAGCCAAAGGAGAAGGGGGGUAAGUAAGGAGGUCUCUGCACCAUGGCUCGUACAAAGCAGACUGCCUGCAAAUCGACCAGUGGUAAAGCACCCAGGAAGCAACCGGCUACAAAAGCCGCUCGCAAGAGUGCGCCCUCUACUGGAGGGGUGAAGAAACCGCAUCGUUACAGGCCUGGUACUGUGGCGCUCCGUGAAAUUAGACGUUAUCAGAAGUCCACUGAACUUCUGAUUCGCAAACUUCCCUUCCAGCCUCUGGUGCGAGAAAUUGCUCAGGACUUUAAAACAGAUCUGCGCUUCCAGAGCGCAGCUAUCGGUGCUUUGCAGGAGGCAAGUGAGCCCUAUCUGGUUGGCCUUUUUGAAGACACUAACCUGUGUGCUAUCCAUGCCAAACGUGUAACAAUUAUGCCAAAAGACAUCCAGCUAGCAUGCCGCAUACGUGGAGAACGUGCUUAAGAAUCCACUAUGAUGAGAAACAUUUCAUUCUCAAAAAAAAAAAAAAAACUCUUCUUCCUGUUAUUGGUAGUUCUGAACAUUAGAUAAUUUUUUUCCCAUUGGGUCAAAAGGUACCUAAGUAUACGAUUGCGAGUGGAAAAAUAGGGGACAGAAAUCAGGUAUUGGCAGUUUUUCCAUUUUCAUUUGUGUGUGAAUUUUUAAUAUAAAUGCAGAGGCGUAAAGCAUUAAUGCAAGUUAAAAUGUUUCAGUGAACAAGUUUCAGUAGUUCAACUUUAUAAUAAUUAUAAAUAAACCUGUUAAAUUUUUCUGGACAAUGCCAGCAUUUGGAUUUUUUUAAAACAAGUAAAUUUCUUAUUGACGGCAAAAAAAAAAAAAAAAA